UCUGGUCACACAGUUCCACACGUGCAAUAUUUACGAAAUAUGCGCAAUCUGAAGCUGCAAUAUUGCAAGGAGCUGGAUGCAGUGGCUCAUCCCCGGCAGCUGCUCCUUCAGCCGGAGUUGAACGGUGACACCUCAGAUAAGUCCUUCGUGGUGGCAGAUAGCAAAAUCUACGCCGUGCAGGAGUCUGGAGAUAUCCGGCCAAAAGUCAUUGUCGAUCUGCCGGAUAUUGUGGGUGUGGAGUAUCUGCAGCUGGAUAAUGCCAUCUGCGUUGCCAGCGGAGCGGGCGAAGUGCUCCUGGUCGAUCCCCAGACGGGAUCCACCAACGAGGGCACCUACUGCGACGUGGGUAUCGAGCGGAUGGCUUGGUCGCCCAAUCAGGAGGUGGUGGCUUUUGUGACCCGUACCCACAACGUGGUAUUGAUGACCAGUACCUUCGAUGUGAUUGCCGAGCAGCCACUUGACGCGGAACUGGCGCCGGAUCAGCAGUUUGUCAACGUGGGGUGGGGCAAGAAAGAGACGCAGUUCCAUGGAUCUGAAGGAAAGCAAGCUGCCAAGCUGAAGGAAGGGGAUUCCACCGCUAACCAGGACUGGCAGGAGCUUAAUCAGGAUGUUAACAUAUCCUGGCGCGGCGAUGGAGCCUUUUUUGUGGUCUCCUUUGUGGCCGCUCAGGUGGGACGCACCUUUAGGGUUUACGACUGCGAGGGAAAACUCCAUCACACAGCCGAGAAGAGUGUACAUUUGCAGGAGGUAGUUGCCUGGAGACCGGCCGGAAAUUGGAUCGCAGUGCCCCAGCGAUUUCCCAACAAGUCGACCAUCGCUCUUUUCGAGAAGAAUGGCUUAAGGCAUCGCGAACUAGUGCUCCCCUUCGAUUUGCAAGAGGAGCCUGUGGUUCAGUUGCGCUGGAGCGAAGAUUCCGACAUUCUUGCCAUCAGGACAGCUGCCAAGGAGGAGCAACGGGUAUAUUUGUAUACGAUAGGCAACUACCACUGGUACUUGAAGCAGGUGCUGAUUUUUGACCAAGUAGAUUCACUGGCUCUACUUCAGUGGGACACGCGAAUGGGAGCUGAACACACGCUGCACAUUCUCAAGGAGAGCGGCAAACAGUUUGUAUACCGCUGGGCCUUCGCAGUGGAUCGAUACGAGCGAAGUGGAGUCGUGGGCGUAAUCGAUGGCAAGCGGCUGCUACUUACGGAUUUCGCCAAGGCCGUGGUGCCGCCGCCCAUGUGUCAGCGCGUCCUGCAGUUGGACAACUAUAUUAACGCCUUCACCUGGUACGAGACCAGCUUGUGUGUAUACACUUGCGACCACCGGCUGUACUCCUACGAACCCAUGCAGCAGUUGAGCGGCCAGGAACCACAGGCAUGCCUACUUAUGCCGGAUGCAGAGCUUUCACGGCUACCACUCGCCAACCUUACCUAUUUUUCGUGUGAUUACCUGCUAGCUACCCACAGCUCGGGAGGAUCCACGCGCCUAAUACUGCUAAACAAGGAUCCCGACGAGGAUGAGAUUAACGAGAAGGGCGAGCUCUGUUACCGGGUGCAGAGCUCCCUGCGCAUCAGUGGGCUGGUAAAUGCACUGACCAUUGGAGCCAAUGCAAUGGAUGAGUUCUAUGUGCAAACAGUAAAUAAUGGCCACACCUACGAGGUGUCUUUGAAGUCGGACAAUACGCUCAAGGUGGAGCGAUCUCAUGUGCAGUUGACUCAGGCAGCUGACCAUAUCGAGUGGUUUACCAUCACUAGCGAUUCUACAGGUGGACUUAUUACCCUUCGCAAUCAACAGCUGCUUCACAUGGAUGGCUACCGCAUUGCCGAGGACGUCACUUCGUUCUGCGUGGUGGGUAACUAUUUAGCCUACACCCAGCUAAAUGCGCUGCACUUCGUUCGACUGAAGGAUCGCCGCCAGGUGGCUAGCAGAAACAUCGAACGUGGUGGCAAGCUGGUGACGGCAGUGGCCAGUGAGGCACGUGUUGUGCUGCAACUCCCGCGCGGCAACCUGGAAGCCAUUUGCCCUCGGGUGCUCGUCUUGGAGUUGGUGGGCGCUUUGCUCGGGAGGAAGCAAUACCAGGCGGCAAUGCAAAUGCUGCGCAAGCAACGCAUCAACUUGAACAUUAUUUGUGAUCACAAUGUGGAGCAGUUCGUGGCUUCUGUGGAUAUCUUUUUACGCGAGAUUAAGCAGAGUCAGUGGCUUUGUCUGUUCCUGAGUGAGUUGCAAAACGAGGAUUUCGCCAAGGGCAUGUACUCCAGCAACUAUGAAGCGGCCAAGCAAACUUAUCCCUCGGACUAUCGAGUGGAGCAGAAGGUGGAAUACGUCUGCCGGCUUCUGGGUCAGCGAAUGGAUCAGGCAACGCGCCCGGAGGAUAUCGAGCGCUUCCGUCUGCCUGUAAUCACCGCCUAUGUAAAGUUGGGUCGUUUGGAACAGGCUCUUCAACUUAUUUGGCGGGAGAAACAGGCAAAUGUCGCUCUGGCAGAUCAGCUACUGAAGUAUCUGCUUUAUCUUGUGGACGUGAACGAUCUGUAUAACGUUGCAUUGGGCACCUACGACUUCGGACUCGUUAUUUUCGUGUCCCAAAAGUCGCAGAAAGAUCCCAAAGAGUUCUUGCCUUACCUUAACGAAUUAAAGGCUUUACCCACAGACUACCGCAAGUUCCGGAUCGAUGAUCAUCUUAAAAGAUACUCCUCGGCUCUUUCCCAUCUUGCUGCUUGUGGAGAGGAGCAUUACGAGGAGGCUCUAGAGUUUAUUCGAAAGCAUGGACUUUACACAGCUGGCUUGGCCUGCUAUCGGGAGCACAUUGAGUUCCACAAGAGCAUUUGUGUGGCCUAUGCGGAUCACCUAAGGGCCAAUGCUAAACUGGAUAACGCAAGCCUCAUGUACGAGCGCGGAGGACAGUUGCAGCAGGCGCUACUCAGCGCCAAGCACACGCUAGACUGGCAACGCGUCCUGGUUCUGGCCAAAAAACUGGGCGAACCACUGGACCAUGUUGCCCAAUCGUUGGUGGGACCUUUGCAACAGCAAGGUCGCCACAUGGAAGCCUAUGAGCUGGUAAAGGAGCACGGCGGAAGUCGGGAACGGCAAUUAGAAGUGCUGCUGGAGGGCCAUCUCUACAGCCGGGCUAUCUACGAGGCGGGCUUGGAAGAGGGAGAAGGGUUGGCAGAGAAAAUCGCACCCGCCCUCACAGCCUAUGGGACUCAACUGCAAAAUUCCCUGCAUGCCGACUUGCAGCUCUUCCUGGAGUAUAAGCAGCGUUUGCUGGACAUCCGUCAGCGCCAGGCAAAGUACGGGGAGGGAGAUAACGAUGCGGAUGUGGACCUCGAGGAGGUGGACUUGUUGUCGGACACCACCAGUCUGCACUCCUCGCGCUAUAGCGGUACUUCGCGAGGCACCGGCAAGACAUUCCGCUCGAGCAAAAACCGACGCAAGCACGAACGUAAGCUGCUCAGCCUAAAGCCUGGCAACCCCUUCGAAGACAUCGCGCUCAUUGAUGCGCUGCACAACCACGUCACGAAGAUCGCCCAACAACAGCAGCCUGUGCGUGACACAUGCAAAGCGUUGCUACAGCUCGCAGGUGCAGCGGAUGGGGAUCCCCUGGCGGCUUCACUGCAGCGUGAAUUCAAGACUCUGCUGCAAGCGGUGGAGGCGGCGCUGGACGAGAUCUGGACACCUGAGCUGCUAGGCAACGGAUCGAUGGCUCAGCAUCUUACGGGACCCAAUGUGGAUUACUUGGCGCUGCAGAAGGAGCAGCGAUAUGCCUUGAUAAGUCCCCUAAAGCGCUUCAAGCCACAGUUGAAUCUGAUGGACUGGCAGCACGAGAUCCUCCAGUGAGUCACCGAUGGGAUCAUUGGAUUUGCGUGCAGCUCUCAUCCACCCCCAAUCCGUUAUCUCCUCAACCAUCCCACUGUUUACUUUCACUGCUCUGGAAAUAAAUGUAGCAUUGAAAUGCUAAUUGAUUGUAUCGAAA